AUGCAGGAAGGUGCCGCCCUCCAGCGCCACAGAGGACGCGGGAAGGUGCCGCCCUCCAGCGCCACAGAGGACGCGGGAAGGUGCCGUCCUCCAGCGCCACAAAGGACGCAGGAAGGUGCCGCCCUCCAGCAGCACAGAGGACGUGGGAAGGUGCCGCCCUCCAGCGCCACAGAGGACGCGGGAAGGUGCCGCCCUCCAGCACCACAGAGGACGCGGGAAGGUGCCGCCCUCCAACGCCACAGAGGACGCGGGAAGGUGCCGCCCUCCAGCGCCACAGAGGACGUGGGAAGGUGCCGCCCUCCAGCACCACAGAGGACGUGGGAAGGUGCCGCCCUCCAGCGCCACAGAGGACGCGGGAAGGUGCCGCCCUCCAGCGCCACAGAGGACGCGGGAAGGUGCCGCCCUCCAGCACCACAGAGGACGCGGGAAGGUGCCGCCCUCCAGCGCCACAGAGGACGCGGGAAGGUGCCGCCCUCCAGCCCCACAGAGGACGUGGGAAGGUGCCGCCCUCCAGCGCCACAGAGGACGUGGGAAGGUGCCGCCCUCCAGCGCCACAGAGGACGUGGGAAGGUGCCGCCCUCCAGCACCACAGAGGACGUGGGAAGGUGCCGCCCUCCAGCGCCACAGAGGACGCGGGAAGGUGCCGCCCUCCAGCACCACAGAGGACGCGGGAAGGUGCCGCCCUCCAGCGCCACACUAGAGGACGCAGGAAGGUGCCGCCCUCCAGCGCCACAGAGGACGCGGGAAGGUGCCGCCCUCCAGCGCCACACUAGAGGACGCAGGAAGGUGCCGCCCUCCAGCGCCACAGAGGACGCGGGAAGGUGCCGCCCUCCAGCGCCACAGAGGACGCGGGAAGGUGCCGCCCUCCAGCACCACAGAGGACGCGGGAAGGUGCCGCCCUCCAGCGCCACAGAGGACGCGGGAAGGUGCCGCCCUCCAGCACCACAGAGGACGCGGGAAGGUGCCGCCCUCCAGCGCCACAGAGGGUCGGGAAGGUGCCGCCCUCCAGCACCACAGAGGGUCGGGAAGGUGCCGCCCUCCAGCACCACAGAGGACACAAGGAAGGUGCCGCCCUCCAGCACCACAGAGGACACAAGGAAGGUGCCGCCCUCCAGCACCACAGAGGACGCGGGAAGGUGCCGCCCUCCAGCGCCACAGAGGACACAAGGAAGGUGCCGCCCUCCAGCACCACAGAGGACGCGGGAAGGUGCCUCCCUCCAGCACCACAGAGGACGCGGGAAGGUGCCGCCCUCCAGCACCACAGAGGACGCGGGAAGGUGCCGCCCUCCAGCGCCACAGAGGACACAGGAAGGUGCCGCCCUCCAGCGCCACAGAGGACACAGGAAGGUGCCGCCCUCCAGCGCCACAGAGGACACAGGAAGGUGCCGCCCUCCAGCGUCACAGAGGACACAGGAAGGUGCCGCCCUCCAGCGUCACAGAGGACGCGGGAAGGUGCCGCCCUCCAGCGUCACAGAGGACGCGGGAAGGUGCCGCCCUCCAGCGCCACAGAGGACACAGGAAGGUGCCGCCCUCCAGCGUCACAGAGGACGCGGGAAGGUGCUGCCCUCCAGCGUCACAGAGGACACAGGAAGGUGCCGCCCUCCAGCGUCACAGAGGACGCGGGAAGGUGCCGCCCUCCAGCGCCACAGAGGACGCGGGAAGGUGCCGUCCUCCAACGCCACAGAGAACGCGGGAAGGUGCCGCCCUCCAACGCCACAGAGGACGCGGGAAGGUGCCGCCCUCCAACGCCACAGAGAACGCGGGAAGGUGCCGCCCUCCAGCGCCACAGAGGACGCGGGAAGGUGCCGCCCUCCAACGCCACAGAGAACGCGGGAAGGUGCCGCCCUUCAGCGUCACAGAGGACGCGGGAAGGUGCCGCCCUCCAGCACCACAGAGGACGCGGGAAGGUGCCGCCCUCCAGCGCCACAGAGGACACAGGAAGGUGCCGCCCUCCAGCGUCACAGAGGACGCGGGAAGGUGCCGCCCUCCAGCGCCACAGAGGACGCGGGAAGGUGCCGCCCUCCAGCGCCACAGAGGACGCGGGAAGGUGCCGCCCUCCAGCACCACAGAGGACGCGGGAAGGUGCCGCCCUCCAGCGCCACAGAGGACGCGGGAAGGUGCCGCCCUCCAGCACCACAGAGGACGCGGGAAGGUGCCGCCCUCCAGCGCCACAGAGGACACAGGAAGGUGCCGCCCUCCAGCACCACAGAGGACGCGGGAAGGUGCCGCCCUCCAGCGCCACAGAGGACACAGGAAGGUGCCGCCCUCCAGCACCACAGAGGACGCGGGAAGGUGCCGCCCUCUCGGCGCCUCAAAGAAGAUGACCGAAGAGCUGCUGGCAACUCCGCCUCCCAGUACGGGAGUGUUCCAGAGGUCCAGAGGAACCGGGGCAACCAUGCCCUAUCUCGCGUCAGCCACCACAUUACCGUCAAUCCCGAUGUGGCACGGAACCCAUCGGAGACCGACAAACCCGGGAACUAG